AAAUUGUCAAAAUUAUUAUAUCGAGUGUAUCGAAAAAGGACGAAGUACUGAAUACAAUCAAAAUAUGAUAAGAAAACUCUCAAAUUUUAAUGUUCUUUCACAUUAUCGAUGUUAAUAAAGUUUUAUUGUAAAUAUUAGCGAGCGUAGUUGUAGUAAACAACUGAACAAAAUAUGGCUCUAACAGCAGAAAAACUCAUCAACGAUGAAAGGUUUUGUGGGGACAAUCCCAUUCAAUUUCUGUUAUAUCUGCCGUUUGGAUUGAUAUUAAUGGCAUUAAGAAUAGUUUUAGCCUGUAUAUUAUGGAUUGCUUCAUUUAUUUUGCCAGACAAAUUUGCUGCUAGGCAAUUGAUAUCAACACUGGCAUGUUUGACUUUUGGAGUUUACAUAAAGGAAAAAGGUAACAAAGAUCCAAAGUGCAGUGUGUUUGUAGCUAACUAUGUGUCAUGUUUGGAUUCACUUGCGGCUAGUCGAGCUCUUGGAAGUAUAACUUUAAGAAAAUGGAAAGUGCCACCAUUUUUUGCCUCAACUCUUGGUAUAAAGAACAUUGCCUUGUUUGUUAGGAAGCAACAUUUUGCUGAGAGUCCCGAUAAACCAGUGCUAUUGCAGCCAGAAGGUGGUCCUACGAAUGGCAAAGGACUGCUAAAGUUUACAGAUUGUUCCUUCCCGUUGCCCAAUAUUGUGCAGCCUAUUGCAAUCAGUGUCGAGCGUCCAUUCACAACAGUAACAGUCCACCGUCACUCAGAAGCAGGUCGGCGUUUCCCCUGGCGGGAUCUACUCUGGUUCCUCUGUUCCCCUUACUCUGUGUUCUCUGUGAGAGCCUUACCUCCCCUGGAGAGGGACGGAGAUAAUGACCAAGUUUUUGGAGAACGGAUCAGACAAGCGAUUGCUGAAUCACUUCAGGUGGAAGCAACAGAGUUGAACAGCGAGGACAUAAGGCGCCUGGUGUUGCCUCGCGCGAGAGCCUCUUCCAGAGUUCAGCCCUCGGCCCCCGUCAACGAGCGGACCCGCUUGGCCAGGCAGGUCAAGGAAGUCCUGCCGAAUGUGCCCUUGCAGGAUAUUAUGAAGGACCUUGCAAAAACCCGUAGUGUCGACGUGACGAUAACAAACUUCCUCGAAGGCCUAACGCCCUAUACCCCAGAGCCGGGGCCAGAACCCCAGCCUUCUACUUCCGCUCCGAGCCCAAAAUAUGUGACCCCGUGCCCCACGGGGGUCUUCCCUAAGACGGCCAAGGAAAGGCAAAUGAGCUUCCAAGAGAAAAAAGCGCAGAUGAUUGCGGAAGCGAGACAGAAAUACAUCGAAAAACAUCGUAUCGCCGUUAGCUGCUAAUCAAGGAUUUUUCGCUUUUUUAUUUGGAUUUAUAGAUAUAUAAAUGAUUAUUGGUUAUAACUCUUUUCUUUCAAUUGGUACAUUUGUAAAAAAAAUAGCUGAGAAUUUUUUUUAUUUUAUUUUUCGAUAUUGUCUUAAUUAAUUUUUUUAUAUAAAUUUGAAUCGAUAUGUAGUCGAAACAAUAAAUAGAUAAAGCUAUAUUUUAUUAUAUAGGUCAUUAAAUAAAUGUAUAAAGGUUAAACCUAUCAUAUAAUUAAAAUUGAAUGGCGCUGAUCUCUUAAAAUAGAGAAUUAGAAAAAAUACAAAUUAUUUUAACAGCCGCAUAAAGUAGAGGCUUAUUCUUUGAAAGAUUUAAACCAUGGUGCCUAUUUUCAUAUUAAAUGCCUCAAUUUUACUCAGUUUAUGCUUAAAUAAACAAAAAUCACUUAAAUGUAUAAUGCCUCCAUUAUUAUUAUGCUUCCUUAAUAGUCCAGUAGUUUUGCCGAAAAUAGGCAUUAUUUUAUUAUUAUUUUGUGUAUUUUAAAAUAAUCAGCUCUCAUUUCAAACUGAGAUACGGGGCUGUCUCUUUCUUCCUAACUAACUACGCUAUUGUUGUCUCUCUCACUCUAUAUACAGGUAGGAUAUUUUAGUUUGAGUAUUGGUGAUUUAAAUUGUGCUAAUGUAUGAAUUAUUAAAUGAUAAAGGCAAAUGUUUGAAAAAAUUCGGCCAUGCAUAAGUAUAUUUUUUUAUUCAUGUCAAAAAUGUUUCAAACUUAGGGCAUCUGUAUAAAAUAGUGAUUUUUUCGUGUUUGUAGAUUAAGUUUUAGUUGUAUCCUAGUAAUUUACUAUAAAUUUUACCCAUUGAAGAGAUUUACUAACGAAAUAAUGCUGAUUCUAAAAUUACGAUGGUUUUUAAAUUAAAGAUGAGUUUUAAAAUAAUGUUUACCGUUUUAACCAUUGUGAAUAUUCGAAAACAACGAUAAAUGUAAUUUUUUAAAAGUUUUUUUUACAAUUUGUAUAUUUCCCUAGCAGAUGAUCAACUGCCGUGUUGCUUCCAAUUUCAUUCUUUGUAAUUAUUUUAGUCGUUAUAAAUAAAAAGGUUUUGUUUCUAAA